AGUACAGUGCAGAUGAGAAAAGGAUGCAGGAAAUUCUGUUGUUUACACAUGUGUCUGUUGCACUGAGAAGCAAGAGGAGCCCAGCAAACUCAGAAGGAGUGAAAUUAGAUGAUGAAUCAAAACAUGAAUUUAGACUCCAUUCAGAAACAAAUGGAAGAGAUAGAGAUUUUUGGGAGCCAACCAGCACAACCUGAUGAAUUAGAUAGAUGUUGGCAACCAGGUGACCAUCUGUUUCAUUCAAAUUGUCCAUCUCAAAGUUUCUACCCAAAUUCACCUCAUUAUGCACAUAUGCAUACAAGUUUCAGCAGUGAUUGGGAAAUUUUUGAAGCAGUAAAAAUUCAGGAACUGGAGGAAGUCAAAGCCAGAGCUGCCCAAAUGGAGAAGACCAUGCGCUGGUGGUCAGAUUGCACCGCUAAUUGGAGGGAGAAAUGGAGCAAAGUGAGAGGAGAAAGAAAUAAAGCACGAGAAGAAGCAAGACAAUUGAGAAUCAAAUUAGACAGUGUCAUAAAAGAGCUAAGUGUGCUUAAAAAAAUAAAUCAGGAUUUAGUAAGUGAGAAGGAAAACUUAGAAAAUGGAACUGCUUGGAAAACAGAAUGCCAUUGCGCAGAAACAUCCUAUAUUCAAAAAGACCAAAGCCUGUCAAUGUUUCUGGAACCAGAACCUCCAAAAGACCUAAGCAAAAUCAUCAAAAUUCCUGGUGCAGAAGACACAAAGAAGGAUGUAAACAAAGACCAAAGCAAUGACAAUAAAAAAAUCACCCCAAAGCCUCCCGAUUUCUUCCCCAAUGGACUUCCCAGCAUCUAUUUGGAGGAACCCAAAAUAACUUUGGGCACUACAGCUAAGACAACAGAGAAUGAUUUAAUACAUGUAUCAGUCUUAAAUUUGCAUUUGGCUGAGAUGAGGAAAAUCCUACAGAAGGAAAGAGAAAUGAAUGUAUUUCUGGAGAAAGAGAUGGAAAAGAUGGAAAAUGAAUUAUUUCUUUGGAAAUGGAAGUAUGAAGAACUGAGACAAUCCAAGCUGGAAAGCCUGAAACAGAUGGAAAGAAUGCAGUGUGAGAAUGCCUCUGAAUGGGGAAAGAGAGAGCGACUAGAAGCAGAAAAACAUAGUUUGGAAGAAGAGACCAGAAAACUCAAAAUGAAGAGGAAAGGUGUGAGAGAGCAGCUGGGUGGGCAUCUGGAAUUCAGCCAAGGUCAUCCCAUCAUAGUGUCAGAGAAUAAAGAGGCAGAAGGAAGUGAACACAGGAUUUGGGACCAGGCAAAUUUCCUUGUCUGUUGUUGGAGACUGUGCCACGACAGUGAGUGAAGAUUUGGGAGAUCACCACAAAGCCCUGCAGCAACAAGUCUAACAGCAAGGAGGAGAGGCCAACAUUGCUCAUAAAGACAUACAAGAAAGUGUCAUUGAAGAAGUGCAUGCCAGAGAUAUACAGGAAUACUGUAUGCAUUGUUUCUAUGUAUUCCUGAUUUUUUUAUAAGAACGAAGGAAAAUAUGCUGGAGUCAGUGUGCGUAUUUCUAGAAGUUAUGUUGGCCAUUGUCAUUCCUUUCCAGUUUUUCUAACUGUUCUCUUCUAAAGCAAAAGGUGGACAUUUAAUUAAAAUAUUUUAUAUUUUUCCUUUGGGAAAAAGGACUUUAAAAUGUGCAUGGUCUAUUCAAGAGGUUCACAUUCUGUCCUGGGAGGGCGUUGAGUCUGAAAUGGAAGUCAGUGGCUUGUUUCUUGCUUUGCUUGUGUGUUUUACUCUCAUAAAGUGGUGGAAAAAAUACCUGCAUCACAGGACCCCCAGUUCUACUAGGGUGACAUGUGUAUUACACUUUUCUUUCAUUAAAAAAAAAGAUUAAAAAAAAAUUAUGUUAAAUACCCAAAAAUUAUCACAUACACAUUUAGAUUAAAGAAAUAUCCUUUUCCUAUGUGUUUCUUAAACCCAUAGCAAAAUUAAUGCAUCUCAAAUUUACCGUAUUGUCUACAUAUCACAUUUUUAUUUAAAUUUUACUUUAUUAAUUGUCCAUGAAAAAGAAUUGUAAAUGUCACGUGGGAAGUAACAUAAAUAAGAUAAACUGGAAAAGCAAAUUUUGAGAAUUUUAGAAAAUUCACAAUGUAUAAAAACAUCAGCAACUUUCAGCCAUCAAGGGAGACAUAAAUUAUAAUUUUGUUUGCCAUGUGCAAUUGAUAAUGAGUAUAUGCAGAUUCUAUUUCCCAAGGAUUGCUGUAAUUGCUCAGCAACAUGUUUGUUUCAUUCUUUAUAUCCCUAUAAACUGAAAACACAUCUUAGGGCUCUAGUUGUAUUUAAAGCUAUGUCCUAUUUAAGAGGGGGUUGUUAGAUCUCUUGAUUUCUUUUGUAACUGGGACCAUACAAAAAGUGAAAAACAUUCAAUAUUAUUGAUUACACAGGAGUCACAUUUUUCCCAGGAAUUCUCUGAGCUGCAGAUGCUUGGAAGCUAGGAACAAAAUGUUCUUAUGACCUUCUCUGAGCUUCAGGCUGCUGGCAGAAUUUUCUGUGUUUUGACUAUAUUUAUAUAUUCUUAACCCUUUUGCAUGAACUAAUUUCAGCCACUACCCCUCAGUACACACUAAGGGAUAUUCAGUCAGGGAAUUCUGUCUUUGUUUCCAGUAGCUGAUUCACAAGCUCAUCAACAAGGCACAGAGAUACUGGGAGACAAUUUAUUUUUAAUUGGAGUUUAAACAUGUAAUACUUACAAGAAUUGACAAUAAAAUAAGAUUCAUAAUUUUUUUUUCUAAUUCAAACUUCCUCCCUUUAUUAGCUCACUGGUUCAAGGUUUUAUAUUAGACAAAAGAUCUCUGGUCUUGUUCCAUGCAUUGUGAGAUGGCACACUGACUUUCUCUAAAACUCCAUCUGCUUUUCUUAUGCCAGUGUCUUCACGAUGUCACAGUGUGUGAAAUGGCUGCAUUGAAAAUGUUGAUGUGAACAAUAGAAAUGGAAAGUGCAUAAUUAUUGAUUUUUAAGUGCUGUAGCAGCCAAAUGUGCUUCUAUGGUUACACUGGAGCACUUGAAAAAAUGGCAACGCAACAGCUUACUGAUAAAAGCUUGUAUCCUUUAGAUAAACUUUAGAGAUAAGACCUUUCUCUUUUUUUCCCUCUGACAAGCCAUUAGAAACAUAGCUCUUUUAGAGAUUAAAUAUGGCUUCAGCACUGACCAAAAUACCUAUAAGCUCCAGAGUAUUUUUUUUUAAGCCCAUGCUAGUAAGUGUGCAAAAAUCAAGUCAAAUGGUUAUUAGGAAUUACUGGGGAAAUUGGGAUUCUGUCUUUUCUCUCUUUAUUUCUAAAUCUGUAGGAAAAACAAAUAACGCUUAAUUGGUGCUGGAGAACAUUUCUGUGCUAACAGCUUGGUAGUGUAACAUGGACAGUGAGGGAAGCUAGUUUCUGCUGCUCUUCCUAACUCUACCAUAAGCCCUUUCAUAUGUGUUCACUGUAUUAUACUACCUAGCAGGUGGGAUGCACCUGGCUGGUCAAAAAGUCAUGGUGACAAUAAAAUAUCACCACAUGAUGGUAGUUUUAAAAUUUAUAUUUCAGAAGGUCAGUACAGUAUCUUUUCUUUCUCAUGAGAAAAUUUUAAUUUCUUUUGGGGUAGUUAAUAUUGAAAUUUAUCCCACACAUAUCUUUCUGAUCACUUAUUGAUCAUAUUUUACUUUCAGGCACCUUCUGAAUAGCACUUUAAAAAUUUUCUUUCUUGCCUCUCAUAGAUCACAUAAGAUGCCUUAAUUUUUCAUGAUUUCUCCCUAUUGCCUGAGACAGAGAAAACUCAGCCACUUCCAUUAUCUAAAUAAAAUAUUUAUCUCAUCUUUAUAUACACAGAGAACUUCAGAGGCCUCUCUGAAGAAGUAAACCCAUAAUUUAGUCACUUGAAAGUAAGUCAAAAUAGGAUGAUGUAUGAUUACCCUGGCUAGAGUUGAGAAUGUGUGAGAAUGCUAAUUUAUGACCUUUCCAUAAUAAUACUAGAAUGUUUCUUGAUCUUAAAUAUACACCUAUGAUAUCUGCUAUAUACCAAUGUUCCCACCCAUUCCUCCUCACAUUUUCCAUGUGGGAAGUGAAGGUACACACAUUUGUGCAGAAAUGAUUUGCUCAAGGUCACCAAGCAUAAUUAUAGGAAAGCCAAGAAAACUAACCUUAAAUCUGGUAGCAAAUAAUUGAGCUGUUCAUAUUUUGAGAUGAAUCAUGCCUAAAAUAGUGGAAAAAAUAGUCUUUGUUAUUUUCCUUUGUACAAUAUUAAAUAGCAUGAAUCUUUUAUGUGGAUCAAUUUUACAAACUGAUUGUAAACACAUUGACAGAAUGACAUGGAAAUAAUUUUCACGAUGCUCAAUUAAACCUUGUUUAAUACCAUAAA